AUGAGCGUCGCAGCCAGAGCUUCCAGCGACCCCUACUUCGAUUUGGGCACAUUCGGUCGCAAAGUCAGCACCAAUUCCCACGAAGCGCAAACAUGGUUCAACAGAGCGCUCGUAUGGACAUAUUGCUUCAACCACGACGAGGCAAUCACAUGUUACAAACAAGCCAUCGCGCAUGACGCAAACUGCGCCAUGGCGUAUUGGGGCGUAUCUUUCUGCUCAGGCUCAAAUUACAACAAGACCUGGGCCCUAUUCGACGAACGCGACCGCGUCAAUGCAAUCAAGCAAUGCUUCAUUUUCUCGCAAGAAGCAUUGAAGCGUGCUGGAUCCGCAUCGCCGUGGGAACAGGCGCUCAUUAACGCGCUUGCGAAAAGAUUCCCUAACGAUGAUCCGGGUAGAGACCUUCUCGCGUGUAACAUCGCAUAUGCGCACGAGAUGCGAGAGGUGUAUACGAGCUUUGGUCGCGAGGAUUUCGAUCUCAUCACGCUUUUUGCGGACGCAUUGAUGAAUUGCGCCCCGAGAAAAUUAUACGACGCGUCUACUGGACUGCCGAUUCAUUCGUCCCCGGUGUUCGAGGUUAAGGAUCUACUUGAUCGCGCGCUGAAGAUGAAGAAUGUGGAGCUACACCCUGGUCCUGCACAUAUGUAUAUCCAUCUUAUGGAGAUGUCGGCCACCCCCGAAGCGGCCCUCCCUGCCGCGGAAAUGAUUCGGGAAAUGUUUCCCGAUACUGGACACACAUUUCACAUGCCCGCGCAUAUUGAUGUUCUGGUUGGCGAUUAUCGGCGCGCGGUGGAAUAUAAUUUAAAAGCGACGAUCGCAGAUGAUAGAUUCUUCCAGCAGAAUGGUGGCUUGACGUUCUACAGCUAUUACCGACUACACGACUACCACUCUCUCAUCUAUGCCGCGAUGCUGGGCGGGAAAUCCAAGGCCGCGCUCUCGGCGACCGAGCGCAUGGAAGCGACUAUCACGGAGGACAUUUUGCGGGUCGAAACGCCCGCCCUCGCGAACUGGAUGGAAUUCUUCAAGGCUGUCCGGGUCCAUGUGCUUAUUCGGUUCGGGAUGUGGGACGAGCUGAAGAAGCUCGGCCCGCUUGAAGAUAAGGAGCUGUAUUGCGUUACGAAUGUGAUGAGGCAUUACGGCAAGGCGAUCGCGUAUGCAGCUACGGCGCAGCUUGAAGAAGCUGAUAAAGAGCGCGAGUUGUUCAAAGCCGCCUCUACGCUUGUCCCGCCUACGCGCCUCGACUUCCCUAAUAAAAUAACCGAUAUCCUCAAGGUCGCGUCUGCGAUGCUGGAUGGCGAAAUCGAAUAUAGGCGCGGCGGGUAUGAGGUUGCAUUUGAUAGACUAUGGGAGGCUGUUCGUUUGGAAGAUGAGCUGCCUUUUGCGGAGCCGUGGGGAUGGAUGCUUCCGGCUCGGCAUGCUUAUGCUGCCCUUUCUUUGGAACAGGGGAUGGUUGAACAGGCUGCGCGGGCUUAUGCGGAGGAUUUGGGACUCAUUCCGACGCCGAAGCGGGCGCAUCAACAUCCGAAUAAUGUUUGGGCGCUUCAUGGGUAUAAUGAAUGUUUGAUGCUUUUGGGUCGUCAUGCCGAGGCAAAUAUUAUUAAGAAGCAGCUUUCGCUUGCUUUGGUGGAGGCUGAUGUGGAGAUUACAUCGUCUUGCUUUUGUAGGCUUGGGAAUGUUUCUUCUUGUGGAAAGACGAAGACAAACGGUUGUCAUUAG